AUGGAUCGUCUGUUUUUCACAAGAUGCGCCAAAGUCGGCAGUGAGUCGCUGAUGGAAUUCAUGGAGCAUCUGCAGAAUAUCAACCACUAUCGGGUGGACAAAUAUGGAGUUAGCAAGAAAUCGAAAAGGCAACUCAAACCACUGGAACAAGCCCGAACUGCUGGCUAUGUCUAUAACAUGGAUGAGGGAUCGGUUUACAUAGAACAUAUUCCUUGGAUCGAUUUCCAUAAGUACAAUCUUCCCAAACCAAUCUUUAUCAACCUGGUUCGAGACCCCGUUGAGCGAAUGAUCAGCUGGUAUUACUACGUCAGGAACUCCUAUAGGAAUGCCAUUUUCUACCGAAAACAUCCCCUGGCUCCUAUUAAGCCCACGGCCUGGUUUAAAAAGACCUAUAACGACUGUGUGAGGAGUGGGGACCCAGAAUGCCAGUAUGUUCCAUUGGCAGUUCGCGAUGUGGUGGGAAACUUCAAAGGCAAUCUAUUUUUUUCUGCGGGCACGAUGAGGACUGUUUAUAGCCAAGCGCAGGGUCGAAUCAGAAUACGCUGUGGUGGGGACUUGGGAGGAGACCAACAUAACUCUUACAGUUUUGGAGCACUAUAUUCCCCGAUAUUUCGCUAG